AUGAAAAAUGCAGAAUUCGAUUUCAGUGCUGCUUCAGAAGCAGCACUUCUGAACGAAAUAACUAAAAAAAAGGAUCAAUAUGAAUAUUGUCAAGAAGGUACGGAUGGUCCAUUAAAAAUCCAAUGGCAGAAACCGCAUGAAACAAAUGAAAAGGAUGCAUGGAGGAAUACGUUGGGGAAAAAUUUUGAAUCGGUAUUAAAAAACCGUGAUUCCAAAAAGUAUCGUAGUUUACCCACUUCAUCCAAGAAACCUGAAGAAAGAUUAAAGAUUAAGGACGCAAGAAGGUUUGGUAUGGUUGAUCCUUUCAAGUAUGCUAGUUAUAUAGAUGAUAAAGGUUGGAAUCCUAUAGCUUACUUUGCUCAAGAGUUACAAAAAGAAGAAGAAAUGAAAAAACGAAAGGGUGAUAAUAGUAACACAACGAAUGAAGCUGAGGAUUUAGUUAAUAUGAUUAUCACAGGGAAUCUUUCACGAUCCGGUCGAGAAAGUCAACGACGAGAUAGCGGGGUAUCUAAUGUCAAUAGUAAACCUGAACGUAACAGAAAAAGUUCAGUUUCUUCGACUUCUACGAUUAAACCUCCCGUUCCUAACAAAUCAUCAAAGAGGAUUCAAGAAAAGCGAAAUUCCAAGAUUUGUCCAACAUCGACAGGGCUAAAUCGUAUACAUUGUAAAAAUCUUGUACAUCGAAAUUUACAUUGUGGGAACAUCUUGAUACAUUCAUCCAUGACACUAAUAAGUGACUUGGGUCUAUGUCGUCGAGCUGAUAAUCCUCAUGCGACGGGUGGAGCUUUUGGUGUUUUACCUUAUGUCGCUCCAGAAAUAUUAAGAGCGAAACCGUAUACCAAAGCCGCUGACGUGUAUAGUUUCGGUACCGUCAUGUGGGAAUUGGCAUUCGGGCGUAAACCAUUUAGUGAUCGAGCUCAUGAUUUGGAAUUAGCUACAGAUAUUGUUAAUGGCGCACACCCGGAAAUCAUUGAAGAAAUACCUGAAUGCUAUUUGGAUCUAAUGAAAAGGUGUUGGGAUUUGGAUCCUUUUGCAAGACCAUCCGCAGAAAGGUUAUAUGUUACCGUGGGAGAAUGGUUAUGUAAAGUUUUCAAUGUACGGGAGUCCAACAUUUCCGUGCAAUUUUUAGAAGCCGAACGACGUAGAUUAGCAUCUAUUAGGGAGGGAACCGGAACGAUAAAUACACCGGAUCAAAUUGAAUCACCGAUCAAUACCCCUAUUCACUCACCAACAUCAUCGGAGUUUAAUUUUGAUAAACAUGAACAUUUUGAAGCAACAUUUAAAAGUAGUUUCUUGAAAUUUGAAAGCUUGCAAGAACCAACGAUAAUAUUCACCAGGACGAAUGAUCCAAGAGAACAUUUGGCGGGACUGUUUAAAGGAAUGAUUAGGAAUGCUUCACGAAAUCAUCGAAUCCAUCGUAUACAAUUCGACCUUUUCAGAAAUAAAUCUACGUUGAUGGGUGCUUUCGCUCCUUCUCGAUCAAGGUUGUACGCUCAACCUCAUGAUUUUAACAUCUUACAAGAUGAUAUGGAACACGAUACUUCACUUCCCACUUUUAUGGUUGGAUAUAAAAAUGGAUUUUUACCAAGACAGGAACCACUUGCCAAAUUACCGGAACGAUUUUAUGCCCUUGAAUAUUUAUUACAAAAUAUGCCAAUUCAUUUACCAAAUGGUAAAGGUGGCUUAUUGGCAAAAGGUCAAUUAGGUGAAGCUGUAAAAGAUUUGCCGCAGUACGACGUUUCUGAUAUUUAUGAUCAGAGGUUACUUUCUGCUUUGUUUAGAGAUUAUACAUUCUUGACCUCGGCAUACCUCCUUGAACCAUGUGAUAUUAUGUAUAGAGAAAAGAAAGAUUAUGGCCUCGGACGUAGCGUUUUACCAAAAAAUAUUGCGAUCCCUUUAACAACGAUCGCAGAGAAACUACACACCUUCCCAUUUAUGGAAUAUGCACUCUCUUACAGUUUGUAUAACUAUCAAAGAAUUGAUCCGUCGAAACCGAUAAUCUAUCCAAAUUUAAAGCUAGUCCGUGCAUUUGCUGGAACACCAUCAGAACAUGGAUUCAUCUUAGUGCACGUUGCUAUGGUAGCACAUUCAGGAAAUUUGGUGAAACAUGCAACGGAAAUACUUGAUGCUACUCAAGAACAAGAUCGUGUUAAAUUUAAUAAUGCGUUAAAGCAUUUGAAUGAUACCAUGACUUUAAUUAACCAAGAGAUGGACUCAAUGUGGGAACGUUCAAAUUCGAUGGAUUAUUUGAAAUUUCGCACAUUUAUCAUGGGUUCUAAAAACCAACCAAUGUUUCCAAAUGGUGUGGUUUAUGAAGGUGUGAGUGAAAAACCAUUAUUCUAUCGAGGAGAAUCCGGAGCAAAUGAUUCGAUGAUUCCGUGUAUGGACAAUCUUUUGCAAAUAACUUCGAAAUUACCAAACAAUCCUUUAACUGAAGUGUUAAAAGAUUUUAGAAAAUAUCGACCUACGAAUCAUAAGGAAUUUUUGGAUUUUGUGCAAAGAAAGGCUGAAGAAGUAAACGUUCGAGGGUUUGCUAUUCACGAUGCAAAUAGCACUGCGUUAUAUCUGGCAAAUAUGGAUCAAAUACGAGCGUUUCGUCAUAGACAUUGGAACUUUGCGAAAGAAUACAUAAUAAAAAACACCACACAUCCGGUUGCGACGGGUGGCUCACCUAUCGUAACGUGGUUACCGAAUCAACUUGGGACCAUAUUAGAUCAAAUGAAUAUAGUAGGCCAAACCAUCAACUAUAAUGAAUUAAUGCCUGAGAAUAAAAUUAUCGUAGAUGAGAUUAUUAAUAAGGUUGAUUCACAAGAGAGAGUUUUAAAACGUGAAGUUGAAUUCUUGAAACAGAAAUUUGGUUCUAAUCAAGAUAGAGUCGUUGUUUAG